AUGAGUAUAAUUCAGUAUUUGCAGAUACAUUUAGUUGCAGAGAACAAAGUACUGAAAAUCUAUCCUCUAAGGAUUGGAACUAAUGAAGCUCCUGUGGAAGUAUUCUUCGAAUGUGCAGAAGAGAUCGUUGGGAUCGCUGCAAGCUUAUCGAGCUCCUGCCUGCUCAUCAAUGUAAAUAAUAGAGGGCUGUUUGCUUAUCGCUUGUACGGGCAGCUUUUCUGGAGCGCUGGCCCGGUGCUUUACCAGCAUGGAUAUCGCCAAGGUUGUAGGAGAAACGUUACUGACUGCUAUUUCACUUCCGCGCCUGUGAUUGCUCAAUGUGAAGCUAGUAUUUUUAUGACUAACACGGUUGGGGAAGUGUAUUCGUUAUCAAUCCGCGGUCACCAUUUUAAAUGGAUCCAAGAUCUUAGCUUGUAUGGAAAUGCAUUUAGGCUUACUGCUGGAAACAAUGGCCUUCUAUAUGUUACUGUGGCUGAUAAAGCUCUUGUUCUGGCUUUGGAUGUUUCUCGAGGAAAUGUUUUGUGGCAAGGAAGCAUUGGGCCGUUGAGCUCAGCAGAUCACGAGCCAGUUGUUGAUGCAAAUGGCUGGAUAUCGUAUAGCUCGCUGGACGGAUUUCUGUAUUUGUUUUCAGCAACGGGAUAUCUCAAGAAGUUCCCUAGAUCAGCUAGUUGGAGUUCUGUUAUGCAGGUUGAUCCGGUGCUUGAUUGCUCCUGUUAUGCCAUUUACAUCUCUCAGACAGAGAUGGAGGGGAAAUAUUCCCAGAAAUUUGCAGAUUACACUCAUGUGUCUGCAUUGAAACCUAAAAAUGUUGUGUUCACUUCUCUUGUUCCGGCUUCUGGUUCCGUCCUAUGGUUCGAAAGCGAUCCUAGUCAGAAACCCGCGUCUAGCUGCGCACAAGUGAAGCCCAAGAACACAAGUGUGUACAUAGGAAACAAGAGGACAAUCACAUUGUUUCUCAUGAUGGAAUCCGUCGUUCUGCUUCUACUAGCCGUGCUGGUGCGAUUCUGCUGCGUUUUCUGGAAGAAGAAAAAGCUUCAAGGCCUAGACCUUGGCAAAUUCCUUGAGAAGAGACGUUAUCUGCGAUCCAAGAAGAAGGCAUCCGACAAAAUGAUAACAGAACUGAAGCAAAAGGCCUCAGAGGAAGUAGAGGCGCUGCAGAAGCUAGGCUACCUGGUUAAGGCAAGGGAGGGCAUCAAGAGGAGGCUCUCAACGACGUAUAGCUUAGGAAGGGACGUGGAGGGAUCAGCAUCGCGUCCCAAGUCCCUUCUUCCGCUGCAUGAUCGGAGGAGCAGAAGCUACUCCUUUCAAGGAUCCAAGAAAGAGAAUGUCACACUAUUCAACACUCUUAGCGAUAGUAGCGAUUCGGAUGAAGAGGUGAGCAGCCUCGUGGAAGAGGCCGACGACGAUCUCUCUCAAGUUGGAGGAGAAAGCUCUAGUGAUUAUGGUGGUAGUGAGGAAGAGUAUGUGAUGAGUCCAUUGUUUUUGAAGCAUUCGUUUAGUGAAAUAGAGGAAGUGAAGGGGAAUGAAUAUGAUGGUGAUGAUCCACAUAGUGAAAGUAGAAGCUUGAGGAGAAGAACUAUGCCUUUCACUGGUUAG